UGUGUCCGUGUCUGCUCGACUGCUCUCCCUCUCCUCCCCGUCUUCCUCCCUCUCCCGGUCUCCCCUUCGGUUGCCGCGUCACCACCACCACCACCGGGUCACUGCCACGUGGGCCCCACACCCCCACCUCCGCGACCUCGCGGCCGGUGAGCCGCACUGCGCCUCCCCUCCGCUGGGUACAAACCGAGUGACCGAUCUACCACCUCCACCCACCGCCAUCCCCCCCAAUCCCCCCCACACGCCGCGAGAUCUCCCGCCUCCUCCUCCACCCGCCAUGGAUCUCCUCCGCGACCGCCGCCUCGGCGCGCUGCUGGUGGUGGUGCUGGUGCUGGUGAGCGGCGCGGCGGUGGAGGCGUCGAUCCACACCUACGACAGGGAGCCGUUCCGGGAGGUGGGGAACGCGUUCCUCCUCUCCGGGGGCAGCGAGGGCGUCGUCGCCGACGGGGCCGACCUCGCCGCCCCCGCCUCCUCCUUCAUCAAGUUCACGAAUGUUACUUUCUGGAGAACUCCGGAAUCAGCUGAAUCACAUGCAAAAAUGGCACACAGUACAGGUCUGGUACAGGCCAUUUUAUUUGAAGCAGCUGACAGGGAUAACAUUGGGGGAUCUGCCUAUGGUGGACAGAGGUCCAUAUGUUGUACCCCUGACCUUGCUAAACUAGAGGGCUGCAAACAAGGGGAAGUAAUCAGGAGACCAUCCUCUGAUGAUCCUGAUUGGCCUUAUGUGCUAGAUACACACUUCAGUGGUAGUCACCUUUCUGUGAAGUUAGAAGAUGAGGUAGUUCGCAUUACCAAGACAGGCAUGUACAACUUGUUCUUCAUUUCCUGUGAUCCAAAACUGAGAGGCCUUAGUAUGAGUGGGAAGACAGUCUGGAGGAAUCCUGGCGGCUACCUACCAGGGCGGAUGGCACCUUUGAUGAAAUUUUACGUUUUUAUGUCACUGGCUUAUCUAUUGGUCAUGGUUGUCUGGUCGAGUCAGUAUAUAAGAUUCUGGAGGGACAUCAUGCCAAUCCAGAAUUGGAUCACACUAAUUAUUGCACUUGGCCUUUUUGAGAUGACACUAUGGUACUUUGAAUACUUAAACUUCAACAGUAGUGGUGUACGGCCAAUUGGAAUCACAACUUGGGUGGUUACUGUUGGAGCCAUCAGAAAAACGAUUUCUCGCCUAUUGAUCCUUUCUAUCUCAAUGGGAUAUGGUGUUGUCCGCCCAACCCUGGGAGGACUGACCUCUAAGGUGUUGCUCCUUGGGCUGACAUAUUUCCUGGCUUCUGAAUUGCUGGAUAUUGCAGAAAACGUUGGAACAAUUAAUGACAUUUCUGGGAAAGCAAGGCUUUUCCUAGUUCUUCCUGAUGCCUUUUUGGAUGCUUUCCUCAUACUUUGGAUUUUCACUUCUCUCUCCCGCACACUUGAGAAGUUACAGGCUAGGAGGAGCUCAGUAAAGCUGGAUAUAUACAGAAAAUUUACUAAUGCAUUGGCGGUAUCUGUAAUAGCUUCAGUUGCCUGGAUUGGUUAUGAGGUCUAUUUCAAAGCGACAGAUCCCUUUAGUGAGAGGUGGCAGAGCGCAUGGAUCAUAACUGCAUUCUGGGACGUUCUUGCAUUUGUUUUGCUUCUUGUGAUUUGUUAUCUAUGGGCGCCAUCCCAGAGCUCACAAAGAUACGCAUAUUCAGGCGAAGCUGCCGACGACGAUGAUGAAGAAUCUCAAUCUCUGACGAAGGGGACCGACGGUGAUGUAGGGAUGGUAAAGGUUGACAAGGACAGAAGUGGUGGUGUCAGUAGUGCUUUCAGCUUGGAAGACGAGGCUGAGGAGGACAAAAGAGAGUGACCUGCUGGAGCAAGAAUGCUCCAAGGUUCCUGAGCUUUCUUCUUCUUUUUGGUGGUGAUUUGAUCUUCUCUUUUGUACCUUCUCAGUUACACAGGUCAUGUAGAAGCGCACCAUUUUAUCCAUUCCUGCGAGGAUAGUAUGUUCGUGGUGUUCCAUGUGGAGUUUCACAUAGGCCAGGAUGGUGCACAUUAUUUAAAUGACUACACAUUCACAACAGUGUACAUAUCUGUUUUUGUUACCGGUUGUGCAUUGCCUGAUGUAUCAUGGUAUCAUGUAUGAAACUGGUGAACGCAGUGUUUGACAGAUCUGUUUGCCUAAUUGACUGGAAGUUGCAGAUGAAAAAUAGCCAAA